UUUUUGUCCAUAAUGAAGAAAAAGGAAACUACAGACAAAUUAUCAGUUAUUUAAUCCUUGGUUUUAAAGUUGAGAACAAAGAAUUAGAAAAAAAGGACAUGCAGUUUGAAGCUACAUUAUGUAACAAAAUGUACUCAGUUACAGAAGUCUUACUAGGACUGAUGUCAGCCUAGUAUGAUGUCCAGGGCUUUUGCAAGAGAGGAUUUGAGCCUCUUAAGCCCUCACUCAAGUGGAGUUUGAUGAUGAUGAUGUCAGCCUAUACAAUGCACUACUGUGUUCUUUUAUAUUCAGAAUGAUUCUCGAGAUAAUUUUUGGUGUAGGCGCUUUUGAAUAACCUAAGAUGUCUAAAGAAAAACAGUCCAGUCAAUACAGUGGUAAGGUGAUGUUGGCUCCAAUGGUGAGAGUGUGCAGCCUUCCCAUGAGACUCUUGGCGUUGGAUUAUGGAGCUGAUCUGGUUUAUACAGAGGAAAUAAUUGACAGAAAGCUUCUGAUUUGUCAUGAAUAUAAAAAUGAGCUAUUAGGCACAAUAGAUUUUACAAUGUCAGAUGGAACCGUUGUCUUCCGUACAUGUGCUGCUGAAAGGGGAAAGGUCAUUUUUCAAUUAGGAACAUCAGAUGCUAAACGAGCUCUAGCUGCAGCUAAGAAAAUACAACAUCUUGUUGCUGGUGUAGAUGUCAAUAUGGGAUGCCCAAAAGAGUUUUCUAUCAAGGGUGGGAUGGGCGCUGCUCUAUUAACUCAGCAAGACAAAGUGAAGAGUAUAUUGACAACUCUAGUCAAUGGCUUGGAUGUGCCUGUUACUUGUAAAAUUCGUGUGCUUCCGGAUAUACAAGAGACAGUCGCCUUGGCAAAGCUGAUCGAGUCCACAGGAGUGUCUGCAAUAGGUGUUCAUGGGAGGACCAAGUCUGAGAGGUCCAGGGAUCCAAACCGCGAUGACUACAUCAAAGCUGUGUCUAAUGCUGUUAGUAUUCCAGUCAUUGCCAAUGGAGGCUCUAAAAACAUCAGCAACUUGUCAGAGGUUGAAAGUUUUAGACUCAAUACAGAAGCCAGCUCUGUCAUGUUGGCUCGGGCAGCCAUGUGGAACUGCUCUGUGUUUAGAAGAGAUGGACCUUUACCUUUUAUUGAUGUUUUGAAAAGUUAUCUUAGAUAUGCUUUUCUGUAUGACAACAAUGUGAUGAAUACAAAAUAUUGUGUUUUACAAAUUAUUCAUGAUAAAAUGACGGAAAUUCCUGAAGCAGACUUCUCUCUCUCUGCCAAGUCGUUGCAAGAAUUUGCUGACAUUUGGCAUCUGCAAGAGGACUACAGAGUUAUCCUCCAUGAGAGGCAGCAGAAAGAGAUGGAGCUGAGUGCUGCCGAAGGUGGAGAUUGUCGAGGGGUGAAGAAAAAGAAAACAGAAAAUGGUCUUGAACUAAUUGAGUUGCCAGUGAGAUACGACAAGACGCUCUAUAACUCACUGAUGACUCCAAAGCAAAUUUUAAACAACUACUGUAUCAAACAUCAAAAGGAGAAACCAGUUUACAGCACAACUGAGAGGUAUCAGGACAGAUUUUUCAAAAGUGUUGUGCAACUGGAAGGCAAAUUGUACACAAAUCCAUUUUGGGAGCGUUCAAAGCAAUUGGCAGAACAGAGUGCUGCCGUCUGCUGCUUGGUUGUAAAUGGUUUGGAUGACGGCAGAACUGGAGAGCCUAAAAAUGAAACGGAAGAGCUGCGUAGGAAGUGGAGGGAUAUCGUCAACUCUAAGAUUGUGUCACCGAGCCAUUGCUCGGAUGAGGACGCAGAAAACAGGCUUUGUAGUGCAACCGAUGCAGAUCUUGAGAAGAAAGUAGCAUCUCAGUCCUACACAGAGAUAAAAAGUGAACUGGCUGAAGGUUCCUCUGACGCUAUUCUUAGCAAACAAUGCGCUGUAGGCAGUGAUGUUGAUAAAGAUGGAUGCAGCAGAUGACAAAAGAAUUAGCCAUUAGUUACAGAAGAGACCUACAUGCCUUAAACAGAAAUAUAUAUUUUUUAGUCCAGUACUAUAAAACCUUGUUUUAAAUAUUGAACUUUAUGUUUGAUGCUCAAGUAUGCUGUGAACUAUUCCUGUAUAUGGAAAUUUCUUGCAUGCUCAGCUAAUGGGGUACUGAUAUCAGGUGUCUGACAAGGUUUGACAAUUUACACACAAUUUUGUUGUUGGGGUUAUAUAUGAAUACAUUAAUUAUUUAUAGAAAUCUGUUUUUUUAUUGCUUUAUAAAUUGAGAAGCUUCUGUUUUGGUCAGUGAUUUAUUUUAAACUCAACGAUAGGGGAACGGAAAAGAAAUUUUGAUCAAAACAUCGUCAUACAGAAGUUUUUAGUAUUCUCUAAUGGCGAUGCUGCAUCUGUUUAAAACAAAAAAAAUGCUGUUCACAUAAAACAAUAUAGUAGGAUUCAUUCCAAAUUUUUUUUUUUUUUUCUUGGCUGUAUGCAGUGUCUAUUUUUUGUUUCCAUUUUGGACUUAUUUCAUAUUAUUCAAUUUGAACCAUUGCAAACAGAGCCUCAAGGUGGUGAUUAACUUAUUGGUCACACCAUUCAUUGCUUAAAGGAAACCAGUUUUUGAUAAAUGUAUGCCCAUUUUGAC